GGGAGCAUGACGUAGAGAUUGGAUGGAGCAGACUUGGAUUCAUUCCUCCUGCAUACCUGACAGAAUGAACCAGUUUGAAGAAAAAUCCACCGGGAGGACAAGUGUUUUUGGACCUUGGUAAAGAUAAAAGAAAGAUGGUUUCCAGUGGCACUAGGAGACGUAGACAGAAAGACCAGAAACCAGAGAUUGAGAUCCUUCCAUCACCACUCCUGGUAGAGGACGAAGAGAGAAGGGCGCAAGAGCCUUCUUUCAACCUUAACCAAGCUGGUUUUUCACUUCACACCCUCUCCUUGCUGCACUUCUGUCAUCCACGGUCCCACUCGUUUCAUCCCCACACCGCCUCCAGAAUCAUCAGACCUCACCAUAGAACAGCUUGCCAACACCCAUCUUUCCCCAUCUGAAAUGUCCCAGAUAAAUUCUCAGUUGUCCAAGCUGCUCUUCUCUGCCGCCAAUAACCCGGACCCAAAUUACAACCGCAUCACCUGCUCUUUAAUAGAAAACCUCCUCACCUCACACCCUGGAGUUUAUCAUAUCCCCGAGYAUGUCCACCUUCGUGGCGAAAUAAGAGAAAUGAAAGAAGACAUCAUCCUCACCAUCUCCAACCCACCUCCAGCACCUUCCUAUGGCAAAGCUCCUGUGUCAGGCUUCUCAGAGCCACCUGGAUCCAGCUCCAGCAAGUCUUCUGGUUCCAGCUCCAGCGAGUCAUCUGGGUCCAGCUCUCCAGACCCGAAAGGGUCCUGGACGCCGCCUCCUCAAGUGCCACCUUUGAGGGGGUCUCGGACACCUUUCCUUCCAGAACCAUCUCCGAGAAGGCUCCUGAGACCUCUAGCCGCAUGCACUUCUGAGAGGGUCGACGCCUCCACCUCCUGUGUUUCCAGCGCCUCCACCGCCUCCUGCGCUCCGGCGAGGGUCCACACCUCCACAGCCUCUUGUGCUCUGGUGAGGGUCAAUGCCUCUACCUCCUGUGAGGAGGUUCUUAGGGAGGAGGAAGUGGUGGUGACCACUCCUGCUGCAAUUUCGGUGCUGCCUUCCAUAUUCGCUGCAGCCCUGGUGGAGGCCCUCCUAUCCGCACCAGCUAAGGCCUCAACGCCUGCUGCAGCUCCACCUGAGGACUUCUUGUCUGCUGCUGCUGCCGAGCCUUCAGAUUCAGUACCUGAGUCAAUACCAAAGCUCACAGAGCCAGAACCUGCACCAGAGUCUUCAGAGCCAGAACCAGCACAUGAGCCUACAAAGCCCCUGGGUCGGAUUGUGAAGUCCCUGGGUCUGCCUGAGGCUCUCAAGGUCUCCAUACUGGUCUCUGCCCCUGAGAUCUCCAAGUCAGCUGGUUCUGAGCUCAGAUCUGCUGCAGCACCACCUUAACUCUCCACAUCUGCUGGUGCUGUUGUACCUCCAGAGUCAGUAUCUGUGUCAGCACCAGAACUCUCUGAGCCCAAGCUUGCACCAGAGCCCGCAGAGUCCUUGCAAGAACCAGAGCCUUCAGGGUCCCUUUGUUGGAUUGUAGAGUCCCCGAGCCUGCCUGAGUCUCCUGAGUCUACACCGGUCUCUGCUCCAGCUGAGUCCUCACCGUCUGCAGCUGAGUCCUCGCUGUCUGCAGCUGAGGUCUCCUCGCCGUCUGCAGCUGAGGUCUCCGUACCGCCUGCUGCCAGGAUCUCCAAGUCAGUCGAUCCUGAGCUCUCAUCGCCAACUGCA